AUCAAGUCGCCCGUUUUAAAAAUGACCUUGAAUUGAAUGGAUAACUAUAUCCAAGCCGGUCGAUGUCUUCAGUCUUCAGAUGAUCAUGAGGACGCGAUUAGCAGUACUGAUGACGGGUCCCAGCCGAUAUCGCAAAGCGUCCAAGACUUAGCAAAUGAUAUAUAUAAGGAGUUCGAGUCCUUGAUCAAAUUAUAUGGGAAUGGCUUUCUUCAUAAUUUAAUGCCGUUGGUCAUCCGUGCACUAGAGAACCUCGAUAGCUUGCAUUCCGAAAACUCUGACCUCCAUCUAAAGUCACUUGUGUUAAGCGAUGACCAUAGACUACUUUCGGGUGAAUAUGAAAAAGAGAAGAAACUAAGGAAGGCUGCUGAGAAUAGGUUAUUCCGCUUAGAAGAUGAUCUGGAAGAGGAACGUAGACAGCACGAAGAAAAAACUGUGUCGUAUGAUGCUAAUGUCCGUAUACUUGAAAACAGAGUGAAAAGCCUGAAUGAACAAAUUUCGAAGUUUGAAGAACAAGAGGCGGAAAUGAAAGGAGAGUAUCAACGUCUACAUGAUUUAUACACCAAUCUUUUGCGUGUGUACCUUGAAUAUGUAGAACGUGUUAGGUCAAUGUUUAUCAAAAGCAAAUUAGACAGUCAUUGUCUUCCUGACUGUCCCUAUCCCGGUGAUAAUGCUUGCUUUGAAGUUGGAUUGGCUACUCAAACACCUGACCACAAUACAGGGGUUGACCAGUUGAACCGACUGGGAAAUAUGCUGAAUUCAGAAACUUUAGAGACAGAACGACAGAGAAUUAUGAGGAUUAUCAUGGAAACAACACCUGAGCUUUAUAGUGGCGGGAGAAUUUUCAAUAAUCCAUCGCUUUCAGAACCAUGUUUCGAUGAAUUGUCGCAAGGUGAUCUACCGGAAGACGAUGGGCACGAUAUAAAGAGUCAUGAUGGCUCAUGUACUACUCCACAACCACAAUCUAGUGAGCCGUUAGGCAGCGAGUUUGCUGGUGUGCGGAGAGAAAUACAGAACUUAAUAAAAGAGAAUCAAGAAUUAGUCCAAACAAAAAAUGCACUUAAAAUAGUUACAAAUGACCUAAUCGGACGGAUUGAUGAACUUUCAUGCCAAAAUUUUCAGUUCUCAUCUGAACUGAACGCUUUGAUUACAAAUCGUGCAAGUAUGCUAUUACGUAUAAAAGAUUUAGAACAAGAAAAUGGUCAAUUACGUCGAGAAUUUGAAAAUUGUGAUUUGUAUGGAAGUUUACCUGGUGAUGAAAUAUCUGAGAGUGAACAUCUUCCAUUAUCUAUGCGUUUUCGAUUUUCACGUGUAGAAAUGGCACGUGUUUUGCUAGAAAGAAAUCAAUAUAAAGAACAAUUAUUAGAAUUACAAGAAGCUGUUCAUUUAACGCAUAAUUUAAAAGUUCAACAAACAUCAAAACUGGCAAAUACCAUUCAUGGUACUAAACGUGGACGUAUUAGAGCCUUUUUUGCUAAACUAUUCAACUCACAACAAUCAUCUAGUAAAUCAUUUAAUCUGUCAACAUCUAUGAACACUUCUCAAUCAACAAUACAAUCUAUGCGUAAUUCAAUAUCCAGUUUAAGUACACCAAAUGAAUUUACAAUAUCUUCAUCACUAUCACAGAUAAAUGAAACAAAUAAUCCAAACACAUCUAUGUCAAUUCAAAAGACUACAAGUGAUAGUGAUUUAAAUCAACAUCUAACAAAUUGGAAAAUUUCGAUGAAACAAACAUGUAUUAGGGAUUUAAAUGAUUCUACUGAGUCAUCUCAAAGGAGGCAUCAACGAUGUACCUCUCCUAUCCAGUGGUACUCGCACAGAAAUGAACAUACGUUGGACCGAAGAAAUUUAAAAGUUGCCUACGUUUAUCCAUUGAAUGAUUAUCCUAGCAGUGUAGAGCUACGUUGCGCAGCAGUCACAUAUCCAUAUCACUCUACGUCUCACUCAUCUGCUUCAUCACCUACCAUGAACAAUUUACUUUUCACUGCUUACUUCAGAAAUCAAUUAGAAUCCUCUAAAGAUGACGAUUAUGUCAAUACUACCGUAUUGUCUACAUACAGUAAUUCAGAUCAAUUAGAACAUCCUAAAUCACACGAACAACAACAGUCAAAAGUGGGAAUUUUCAAAAAAUCGAUGUAUAAUCAUUCUAUUGGUAAUUUAUCCAGUGAUCAUGAUUCUCUUGAUUAUUCAGCGGUAAUCGACGAUCAAUUUUCAGAUGUUCAAUCAAAUAUUAUCUGGUUAAGUUCUUUCUCUUUGAAACAUGACUUAACAGCAAUAAAAGCUCCGUCUUCUUCUUCAUCAACAUCAUCGUCAUCAUCUACAGCGUUCACCAGUUCAGAUUAUUCUGGGAGAAUAAAAAGUUUAAUCACUAUUUUACAUGUAGAUUAUAAAUCAUGUCAAUCGGUUGAUUCAUUUGCUAUCUGUAGUUCGACAGUUUUAUGCAUAUGCAGUGUCCCAGAAGCAUCAGUCGAAGAUUUAACCUGCUUGGAAAAUACAGAUCAUUAUUGGAAAAUGUUGCCAAUGGAUUCAUUUUCUGGUGAUUUAGAAACUGGUCAGUCUUUCACUGCGGAUAUGUUAGAAACGAAAACAAAAAAGUACGAUGUGAAUGCCCCUUGUUCAUUAAAUGAAUGUACAGAAUUUAAAUUCCUUGAUUGUGACAAUACUAACAAUAACACUCCACAGAAAAUAAAUAAAAUUGUUCAAGAAAGUAAAUAUCAUAGAACGUCAACACCAACAUCAUCAUCUUCAUCACAUUUUUCAUCUAUUAAACAAGCGAUUGAUCAUUUAUCAUCUACACGACGAUUGGUUAAUGCACUUGGAAUUAUUGGUUCAGUGAAUGAUGUUGAUGAAGUGACAAUGUCUUAUGUAGCGACAAGAAGACGUUUUCUUAUACAUCAUGCAGAUUGUUACUCCUGUAUUAGUAAUAACGGUGAUUGUGCUGUUCAGCCUUCCAAUGAAAUGUUUAGUAGUCAUUCGUCUACUACUAAUGACGAUUUGGUGACACAAUAUCCUUGUUCAUCAUCUACACAGCAUAGUCACUAUCAAUAUUCUUCUAGAAAAUAUUAUUCCAGAUAUUCUGCAUCACCUACCAGUGCUCAACCAACUGUCUGGUUAGGUUGUCAAAAUGGUGAUUUAUAUGUUCAUUCAUCUGUAUCUGAUUGGCGUAAAUGUUUACAUGCAAUACGUUUACCUGAUUCGGUAACACAAAUCUGUCAUCUUGCCGGACGAGUAUUUGUCAGCUUAGCGAAUGGUCAAAUAGUCGUUUUUCGGCGUCAUCGUUUUCAUCGAACUAAUAAUGGUAAUUCAUGUCUAGGUCAUUCAUUGUCUAGUCUGUCAAUUAAGCAUGCACCAAUUGUCAGUUCAACAUCUAUGUCAUCGUCAUUAUCUAAUUUACCGGAUAAUCAUAUUACAUCUACUGACCAAUGCAAUACUCUUCACAACUCUAAUCUGAAUUCAUCUAAUGAUAAUAAUAAUAAUAUAAUAUUGGGAUCAUGGGAUUUUACUGAAGCAUGUGUUAUUACGUGUGGACGUCCUCAAUGUUCUGUUAGUUGUACAAUAACUGUACCAUCAACAAAUUCUUUAUGGGCUGCUUAUCGUAAUCGUAUCUUAGUUAUUAAUGCAUUUACGCUUCAAUUAGUUGACUGUUUUAAAGUUCAUGCAAUUCAAGAUGCACAAAUACAAACAAUGUCUUGGUACAAAGAUGGUGUAUGGAUCUCAAUAAGACGUGAAUCUAUCUUACGUUUGUAUCAUGUUAUUAGCCAUGAAUUAAUACAAACGUUAGAUUUAAAUCAAGUGAUUAUGAAUUUGUUGUCUAACAUAAAUUCAUCAGAUUGUGGAAAUAUUUCAAAACUUAAAUCAUCUAGUUUAGCUAUCACUGCUUUAAAGUCGAUGAAUGACCGUCUAUGGAUUGGAACUAGUGCUGGGCUCAUCAUUACAAUCCAGUUUCAAGACUCUUUAUUUAACAGAACAUUUCAACAAACAUCAUGUGAGCGUCAAAAAGACUCUGCGAAUUUAUCAAAACGUAUUUGUAAAGCCAUCUUAGAUUGCUCGUCUGCACAGAUCAGUGCACAUCAGCAUACAGCACCAGUGAGAUUUUUUGUCACACCAACUGUUAUACAACAGAAUGAAGAUAAUGUGAAUAAUCAAUGCACUUCCACUUGUCAGACUACUAGUUCAAUGAAUAAACCUAAAAGGAGAGUCGAAAAACCAAGUUUUUUUAUGGUUACCGGUGGUGAAGGUCACUUGGUCAAUUCGCAUAAGGAUAGUGCUUCGACGAAUACGUUACACCAAUCAGAUAAUCGCAGUUCAAACUGUAGUCAUUUGAUCAUAUGGCAGUUGUAAUUGAUCAUCAUAAUCAUUAAAACAGCUUUUCUUGUGAUUUAUCAAUGUACAAAAUUUCAGUCAUAUUCUAUAUAUAUAUAUAUAUAUAUAUAUAUAUUCUCAAAUAAUCUUCAUCCAUACAAUUUCCUUUUAUCUUUCCUCAUUCUUGCUGUUCUCUUUCGUUAGAGCAUAUUAGAAAUAUUGACUUGAUGUUUAUCUUAUUUGAACUAAAUCAAUUCGAACAUGUAGUUCAUUCGAAUUCAUGUUUUCUCUAAAUUUACAUAAAUUAUCUUUUCUUCUUUGUAUAUCAUUAGAUAUUUCAUCAUUUCAAUGUAAAAUCGUACUUUUCUUCUUAUUUAGAUUUGUAUAUAUAUAUAAGAAAAUAAUCAGUGAUUCAUGCAUGUAAAGUACCAAUCUAAAGUACAUUCAUUUUUUCCCUUUUAGGUUACGUUGAUUAAAACAAAUUUAUAUUUUUUCAUCAUUAUGCAGUUAAUUUAAUUUGGUUUCUCCCCCCUCCCCUUCAAAAAAAAUUUCUUUUUCAAUAACUCUUCAAAGAAUUACUUUUUAAAAUAAAAUCAGUAUUAAUAUGUACAACAUGAAACAUAAUAAAUAUGUGUAUGCAAGCACAGUUUAUGUUAGUCAACCCUCCCCCUUCCUUGUAAAUGAGUAAAUGAAUGAUAAACUAAAUCUGUCGUUAACAUGAGUUUUGCCAGCGAUGCUUUUU